AUGGAUAACGGCCACCCAGGAUCCCUCGUGGGCAUUGUCAAACCGACCAAAUUCCCUACAAUAGGUCCCGACGAUCCUUUUGCUAAGGUCGUCAAAGCUCUGUCUUUCUACUUCGUUGACGAAUUACACGUCCCUUCUACCUUCGAACAGUUGCGAACCACCUCUGCGGGAAACAAGAUCCGAGUCUUGGUGGAUUACCUCGUUGCAAAUGUCACCAACCCAGCUUUAAUCAACGCUCUCCUGACCUUGAAAUGGCACUUUUCCACCCUCGAUGUCGACGAUCGCGGAUUGAACGAGACUCGGGCUAAUGCAUGCGAAAUUGUUGCCUGGCGAUUCUUGACACGACUGUCAGAGCGAGAUGCUGUCGACUUUUGCUUGUACGAGCUGCCCGAAGUGAAGGUGCCGGAAGAACCAGAACCAGAACCAGAAUUCGAGGGCCCUUGCGGCAUGGAGGCAGGUGAACGCACAAGUCUGUUACCACAAUUUAGAGCGCGGGAUCAUCCUCGACCAAUGACACCCACGAGGCUGGGCAGUAAGCGUGUGGAACUGCUACGGUCAAUAUCGCACAUGGGAUCCAACUCAGUACCAGAUCAGUCUUUGGAAGACGAGAAUGAUCCGACGUCGUCAUUUACUGGCCUAAAUGCACUGGAGAUCGCUGCUGUAGCGGACUGCAAGAAAUUCAUUAGCCAGAGGAUUGUUCAGAAAAUCAUUACUGGGAUCUGGAAUGGAGACAUAACGUUCUGGGCCAAAUUGAGCGCAGACACGAAGAAGAAGCCUCACUUUUACAACAAGAAACGCUCUGAUAUUUUCACGCGGCUGCGAGUACCGAGAUAUAUCAAGGCGUUUGAGAUUCUCUUUUUCGCCACCUUUCUGUUCCUAUACUACGCCGUCCUGGUGGAACGGAACCCGUGGGUAGACCAACUGUCCGGCAUUUCGCCUGCUUACAUUGCCAGCAGAUAUCAUGUUACUUUCUUGGAAGUCUUGCUCUAUUUCUGGUUUGCUGCCUUUUCAUACGAUGAGCUUGGAGAAUUUAUUGAUGCGGGGUCGAUAUUCUACGCUGUCGACAUCUGGAAUGGAUGCGAUAUCAUCAUCAUUCUCAUCGGGGCAGCCUUUGCAAUCACAAGAUUCGUUGGAAUUUUCAAGGAUAGCGAACCUAUUACAGAUACCGCCUUCGAUAUCUUGUCACUAGAAGCUCUUUUCAUGGUCCCUAGAAUAUGCUCGCUUCUGAGUCUGCAUCCAUACUUUGGCACUCUAAUUCCAUGCCUGAAACAGAUGACCAAAGACUUCGUCAAGUUCAUGGUGGUCGUGGCUGUUCUCUACAUUGGAUUUCUCACCACUUUCACCCUCCUGGCUCGGGAUAAAUUCGACCUGACCAAAAUGAGCUGGAUCUUGAUCAAGGUAUUCUUUGGUUCGAGUUACCUGGGCUUCGAUAUUAUGAGUGAUAUUAACCCAAAGCUGGGUCCACCUUUGAUGCUUAUUUUCGUCUGUAUGACAAAUAUUCUCUUGGUCACAUCCUUGAUCAGUAUUCUGAGUGAUAGCUUCUCGAAGGUUAUUGCACAUGCAAGGGAGGAAUAUCUGUUCGUUUACGCGGUCUAUGUCCUCGAGGCAUCAACCAGCAACAGGCUCACACAUUUUUACCCACCCCUAAACCUCAUUCCACUAGUCCUCAUCCGACCCCUUCGCCUCUUCCUCUCCGCAGACGACCUCCGACGUACUCGAAUCCUCACCCUGAAGAUAACCCACUCCCCAAUAGUAGUAGCAAUCUUGAUCUUCGAAAAGGCGCACGAGAAAAUUAAAGGCGGUGCCUCGGCAUUCUCGUCCAUCGGCCCUGGCCUCACACGCAUUGAGUCCAACUCUAAAAAGCAGCGUCCGUUCCUUACAAACCGCACGAGUGGAAAGGCGAACUCGCAGCAUUUCCCCGACCGGCCAAUCAGCGAGGAUGGGGCGCACAGUCCGCCUGAAGCUGCCACGCCGGUUCAAGGGAAGAAGGAGGGGGCAGAUUUGAAUGGGCAAGUGAUGGGUGGAGGAGUCAGUAAUGAGGUUUUAGAGGAACAAGUUCGGGAGUUGAGCAUCAAGAUCGCGGAGCUGACUGCUUUGAUCAUGGCGCAGCAGGGGACGCCGCAAGAAGAAUAA